AUGGUUCCCCUAAGCACUCAAAGAGCCUCAUCAUCAAUACCACCGUCUUCUUCCACUUCUCCAAGACCUCGAUGGAUACAUGAUGUUUUCCUCAAUUUCCAUGGUGAAGACACCCACAAGAGUUUUACAAACCAUUUAUACACUGCUUUAGAAAAGAAAGGCAUUAUCACCUUUAAAGACAAUGAGAAACUUGCGCGAGGAAAGUAUAUUUCUCAAGAGCUCUUGAAAGCAAUUCGUGAAUCCAUGUACGCCAUCCCCAUUAUCUCAAAAAACUAUGCUUCCACAAGAUGGUGCUUGACUGAACUUGCCCAGAUUGUCGAAUGCAUGAGAGAGAUGGGUUUGACAGUUUUGCUUGUUUUCUACCAUGUUGAUCCCUUUGAGGUACGAAACCAACUAGAGGCCUUUGCAGAAGCUUUUGCUAGGCAUGAAGAAGACCCUAAUAUUGAUAUGGAGAAGAUGCAAACGUGGAUAGUUGCUUUGAAAGAAGUGGGCAACAUAUCCGGAUGGCAUUUUCAUCUUUGA